UUUUAGUUUUACUGCGUUUAUGGAUGUGGCAUUUGGAUAGAGUGUUUGGUGUUGUGUCAAAUGAAAUGAAGACUUUGUCAGUGAUGGAGGGAGAUUCUGUCACUCUACAAACUGAUACUGACAUACAGAGAAAUGAUGCAGUGAUAGAGUGGAUGUUUGGACCUGAAAACCCAGAUAUUGUCAUUGCUGAAAUCAAUAGAGCAGCCAAUAUCAGUGAUGUUACUGAUGAGAGAUUCAGAGACAGAGUGAAGAUGGACAGUAAGACUGGAUCUGUCACCAUCACAAACAUCAGAACCACAGACUCUGGACUUUAUAAAGUAGACAUCACCAUCAAAUAUACUCUCGUAGUGAAAACGUACAGUGUUACUGUUUAUGCUGUUCUUCCUGUUCCUGUCAUUAUCAGAAACACUUCACAAUGUUCUUCAUCAUCUGAAAGUUCAUCAGUGUCUAGAUGUUCGCUGCUGUGUUCAGUGCUAAAUGUGAGCGAUGUGACUCUCUCCUGGUACAAAAGAAAAAGUUUACUCUCCAGCAUCAGUGCAUUUAAUCUCAGCAUCAGCCUCUCUUUACCUCUAGAGGUGGGACAUCAGGAUAAAAACACCUACAGCUGUGUGAUCAACAACAAAAUCAGCAACCAGACACAACAUCUCAACAUCAGUCAACUCUGUCAGCCAUUGGAUGAAAGCAGCUUUACAAAUCACAUAGUGCUAAUAUCUAUUGGUGCUGGAACACUGUUGAUUGUAGCUGCAGUUGUGGUCUUCUGGAUCUCCAGGAAAUGUAGCAAAACACACCAAGAUGGCAAGUGUAACCAAAGCACAUCUGAUAAAUCUCUACUAGGCUACAUCUACAGCAAAAGCUGA